AUGAACACCCUCAUCGACCUCGACCCCGACCCCGCCACCGACGACCUUGCCCUCCUCUCUCACCUUCACCCCCAGUGCGGCUUCCAGUAUCGCAAUAGCCAUACGUACUGGUCGGCAAGUUGCAUCGUGGGAAAAGUCCUCGCCCCGACGUGCGGUUGCGUGGCCGGCUGGGUCGGCCCGGGAUGCCCAACGGCAGACCUCGGCCGGUCCCAGAUCGCACGGAUUCGCACGCGGCGGCCCAAACAGAUGGACCGGCGCAUAGGCCCGGGAGACGUGGAGAGCAUGAAGGAGAGAUCCGACCCCCUCGGACCGGCGGACCAGUCCUACCCGGUGGACGAAUACACGCUCGUCGUGCCCGACGAGGACUCUUUUGCCGUCGACACGGUCCGCAUGGAGCUGCUGGGCCUCAAGCCCGUCGUCGCAAUGGCAGAAGACACAGUCGCCAAUCCCGGCCCGCGGCUCUUUGACGCCACGGUGCAACUUGCCAUUGACGGCAUGUCCUGGCCACUGAGGCUCAUGUACGACGUCUCGUUUGUGACUGCCUGGCCGUGCGCGCUGCCGCCGCACCCGCUGUUCUUCGACUACGUCUACCGCGUCGUCAAGGCGGAUGAGGUGGUGCGCGUCCGGGACUGGGGGGGGCAGUACUACAAGAGUCUGAGUAACGGCUCGUCCAGCGCGCGGUCCAGUCCCGCGCCGCCGCUCUACAACAUGGGCUACGACGACGAUUUCGACUUUAUCGACGACGACGGGGACGACGAGAAGGUGCUCGUGGUGGAGGCGUACGGGGUGGCUGACAAUGAAGUGUUGGCCAGGGCCUGGUGCUCGCACUGGGGACUGAGUGCCGUGGUGGCUGAUGUACGGAAGACGUGGCCUUCACUCUCAACCUCUGGAGUUGCUGACAUUGCAAGCAGCAUGGCUUGCGCCAUUCGGGAGGCAUAUGCUGCCACCAUCACGGUGGUCAUCAUGGUUGACUCGCGGCACGAUGGGGACACGGAGGCGUGA